CUCUUAAACUCCAUACACGGCCGCACAUCCAAGAGUCCCAGACCCAGCUCCCACAAUACAAAAUGACCGAUCAGUACACCCACAGACUGAAGCAACUAGUCUCUCUUGUCGAAGAAGAAGGCUGGACAGACUUCGGCUUCCUCCUCUUCCGCACAAGCUACAACGACGAAACCCUCUGGGAAACCUUCCUCGAGUACAAAGACCAAAUUCUUUCCUCGGCUAUUGAGAAUGCACCCCCAGAAUCAGGGUUAUCCCGUAUUACCGACAAAAUGUACCUCAAGCAGGUCUCCAACGAAGCUUUGAGGGAUAUUACCCCCGAACAAGUCGCGAUCGCUUAUCGCAGCUUGGAAGAAGGUGCGAUCGAUGGAGAUGGGAAUUUGGAGGAUAGGAUUGAACCGGGUCUUCGGACGAAUGUUUGUCUUAUGGUUGAUGAAGAGUGUAUGCGGUCUGUUGUUGGGUGGAGUGAGGUCGGGUCGAUGUCUGUGCCGUUUGUGAAGGCUGUCGAUGUUUUGUUAGGGGAGGAGGACGUGGGGUUUUCGGGGGUGUUUAAAGUUGCGAUUUCGUCAUUGUUUACGGAGUUGUAUCUUGAGCAGCUCGAGUGUGGUGAGACGGUGGAGUUGGUGCCCGAGGGCGAUACGAUUUAACAAUAUAUCUAUAGAGCCUGGACACAUAUAGCGCGGCAAAUUCAAG